AUGAAGAACAGGAUAGACAUCACCAUAGAGCAGCAUGCAGGGAACCUGUUUAUGUUCAGUAAGGUGGCCAACGUUAUCCUCUUCUUCAGGCUGGACAUCAGACUGGGCUUCCUCUACUUCUUACUGUGCAUUGGUAUUGGACUGCGGUUUGGGAAGAUAGAUUCUGGCCGGUACGGAGCGGUGGCUCAGAGGUACAAGGUUAGCACCUCCUCUCUGGCCAAGCAGCUCCCUUCAUUGGUGCUUUUCCAGUCAGGGCGGGAGGUCAUGAGGUGUCCAAUGGUGGACAAUAAGUUUCGAGCUGUGUCCUGGACUUUCAGCGAGGAAAAAAUCAUACGUGACUUCAACCUGAACAAGCUCUUCGAGGCAUCUAAGAAGAUAAAGAAGGGUUGUGGUGUGAAAGGAGAGGACCAGAACCCCUCACUACCAGACAAGGGCAGCGAAGAACGCCAACCUGAACCAGACACCCCAGCAGAGAGCAAGAAAGACCAGUAGUGACGAAGGGACAACAGGGACUGGAUUGUUCUACUGCACACAGUUCACUGCUCGUCACACAAUCGCUGUCAGUUAUCACUGGUUGUAUUACCAGACAACCAGGAUUCAAGUUAAUUCACGAGCUUGGGCUUGUGGAAAAGCUGCUGCACGCAAACCAAAAGGGACAGAAUGAGCUACACUACAUGGCCAAAAGUAUGUGGACACCCGCUUGUUGAAAAAUCUCAAUCCUAAGUCAUGGGCAUUAAAAUUGGAGUUGGUCCCCCUUUGCUGCUAUCAAAUCAAAUGUUAUUUGUCACAUGCACCGAAUACAACAGGUGCAGACCUUACAGUGAAAUGCUUACUUACAAGCCCUUAACCAACAAGAAGUUAAGGAAAAACAGCAGCAGUAAAAUAGCAAUAGCGAGGCUAUAUACAGGGGGUACCAGUACAGAGUCAAUGUGUGGGGGCACUGGUUAGUCGAGGUAAUAUGUACAGUGGCAAGAAAAAGAAUGUGAACCCUUUGGAAUUAUCUGGAUUUCUGCAUAAAUUGGUCAUAACAUUUGAUCCGAUCUUCAUCUAAGUCACAACAAUAGACAAACACAGUCUCUGCGGCAGCAGACGAGGGUUGACUAGGGUUAUAACAGCCUCCAUUACUCUGCAUAGGCUUUCCACUUGAUGUUGGAACGUUGCUGCGGGGAGUUCCUUCCAUUCAGCCACAAGUCCAUUAGUGAGGUCGGGUACUGACGUUGGGCGAUUAGGCCUGGCUCGCAGUCGGCGUUCAAAUUCAUCCCAAAGGUGUUCGAUGGGGUUGAAGUAGGGCUGGGUGAUAUGGCCUAAAAGUAAUAUCUCAAAUUUUGGACAAUUCACAAUAUAUAUAUUAUAUAUCUCAAGUUCUUGUUUUUCUCUAAACAAAUUAAAAAAGGUCCAGACAUAAUUCUUCAUUGAAUUUUCUUAAUUAAAAUUCAUAUACAAGGCAUCAAGGCCUAUUUGUGCAAAACAAAUGAACACACCAACACAUCUAUUGUUUAGGAAUGUUUGACCACUAGCUGUUCGAUUAUAUAUUUAUAAAUACACAUUUUGAAUGAACAUUUAUUCAUUUAGUUAAUUUGUUGUUAUAAUUGAAACAGCCUGUGGUUAUUUGCUAUUGGAUUGGCACAAUGACACAACUACUAACACAUUAGCCUAGAGCUGGCCUGAACAUAACUUUUUUUGAAUGCACUUUAAUUCUACAAUGUCACACUUACCGAUGGCGAGGUGAAGCCUGUGCCCAUAGCACUGCAGGCGGGUCCAGUUGUUCAAGCGCAAUGCUUUUUUCAUGUUGCUCCAUGAUGGCAGUUGUCAUUUUUAUUUUAUUUAUUUCACCUUUAUUUAAUCAGGUAGGCAAGUUGAGAACAAGUUCUCAUUUACAAUUGCGACCUGGCCAAGAUAAAGCAAAGCAGUUCGACAGAUACAACACAGAGUUACACAUGGAGUAAAACAAACAUACAGUCAACAAUACAGUAUAAACAAGUCUAUAUACAAUGUGAGCAAAUUAGGUGAGAAGGGAUGGUAGUUUUGCAAUGGAAGAAUGUGCAAAGUAGAAAUAAAAAUAAUGGGGUGCACCGACAGGUGUGCAUGACAAUGCCAAAGAGUCUUUGAGACCCUGGGCUAUUACUUCACCCAUAUGAUGAUCGGGGAAGUAUGGAACUCUUACCCCGCUACACAUCUCUGGCGUGGUUACAAUUUGUGAAAGGUUGUGAUUGGUGGAUAACCUCUGUGCACGUGUUGUCACGCAAUUGGGACAUGAUUCGAAACAUUGGGCUGACAGAGAAGAGACAGUGAGAUGCUGCAUUUGUGAAAUGUUACAUUAUAACAGAACCUCAAUUCUUGUAAUACAGGCAUUUUCCAUAUCGAGUGAAAACAUAAACUCAAAUAUAUAGAAAAAACUAUAUAUCGCCCAGCCCUCAGUUGAAGUCAGGGCUCUAUGCAGGCCAGUCAAGUUCUUCCACACUGAUCUCGACAAACCAUUCCUGUAUGGAAGUCGCUUUGUGCACAGGGGCAUUGUCAUGCUGAAACAGGAAAGAAGCUUCCCCAAACUGUUGCCAUAAAGGACAGAAUCAUCUAGAAUGUCAUUGUAUGCUGUAGUGUUAAGAUUUCCCUUCACUGGAACUAAGGGGCCUAGCCCGAAACAUGAAAAACAGCCCCAGACCAUUAUUCCUCCUCCACCAAACUUUACAGUUGUCAGUAUGCAUUCAGGCAGGUAGCGUUCUCCUGGCAUCCCCAAACCCAGGUUCGUCCGUCCGACUGCCAGAUGGUGAAGCGUGAUUUAUUACUCCAGAGAACGCAUUUCCACUGCUCCGGAGUCCAAUUGUGCAUGGUGAGCUUAGGCUUGUGUGCAGCUGCUUGGCCAUAGAAACCCAUUUAUGAAGCUCCCAACGAAGUUCUUGUGCUGACAUUGCUUCCAGAGGAAGUUUGGAACUCGGUAGUGAGUGGAGUGUUGCAACCGAGGACAGACGAUUUUUACACGCUUCAGCACUCGCCAGUACUGUUCUGUGGACUUGUGUGGCCUACCACUUGGCGGCUGAGCCGUUGUUGCUCCUAGAUGUUUCCACUUCACAAUAUCAGCACUUACAAUUGACCGGGGCAGCUCUAGCAGGGCAGAAAUUCAAUGAACUGACUUGUUGGAAAGGAGGCAUCCUAUGACAGUGCCACAUUAAAAGUCACUGAGCUCUUCAGUAAGGCCAUUCUAGUACCAAUGUUUGUCUAUGGAGAUUGCAUGGUUGUGUGCUCGAUUUUAAACACCGCUCAGCAACGGGUGUGACUGAACUAGCCAAAUACACAAAUUUGACUAGUUCAUGGAAAUAUCGAACCUUCCCAAUUACCGAUGCCUUAAAUUGUUGAAGUGAAAAUGCCUUACACCGCCAUCUCACUCAUUCAUCCAUAAUAGUUUUACUGUGACUGCAGUGAGUUUGUUUUACUUAUGUUCUGAUGCCUUUUGGGUCACAUUUCACACCAAAGUAUUGAGUCAAACUGACAGUUAGUAUAAUCUGUUCUGCCAAAAGUGAAAUAAAACUUUUAUCCUCCCAGACCCCUGCCAUACUCUCGUC